AGGCUCAGAACGGACCAGAAACGUCCUCUCCGCCACACUCCUCAUUCACUCGUUCACUCCAUCUUGCUCUCCUCCUCCUCUCCUCAUCUCUUUCUCCAUCGUUUACCGAAGACUUCAGGAUCCUCCAGCGACCCUCGCCAUGCGGACCCUUCUCCUGCCUCUCAUGGUGGCCUGCUGCCUCUGGGCAGCCCAGGGCCAGCAGCAGCCGCGCGGCAGCAUCUGGGAGGACCCCGUGACCUUCGCCACCAAGGACAAGGACGCCUGCGUCAUGCACGUGACGGGCUACGGGGACAUGACCAACCUGCGGGUGGCGUGCCAGGGCGGGCGCGGCGGCCGCUCGUACUGGUGCGACUACCGGGGCAAGCCGCAGCUCUGCCGCUCCUACAACAAGGACCCGCGCCACUACUUCACGCAGAUCAUGUGGGACCUGCGCAAGCUGAACAACGCCUGCUCGGGACCCACCGUCUUCAAGCCCCAGAUGUGCAAGAAGGCCUCCGACGAGACCCGCAUGGUGUUCAUCGCCGCCUCCGCCGACAACGCGGACCAGCAGGAGGAGACCACCAGAGGGGGGGCGCAGCAGAGGCCCUCCAGGCCCACCCAGAGCAGACCCACCGCCACCCGGCCGGCCAGGGUCCAGCCUUACAGACCCACCAGGCCCCAGCCCCCAGCCAGACCCACCAGACCCAACAUGGGCAAGACAGACCAGGGCAGGCCGGUGCCUGGCAGGAGGACCAACGGCAGCAGCAACAACAACCAGGGGCAGGGGAGAAGGCCCCCGACCAGACCGGCGCCCGCCUCCCCGACGCAGUCCACGGCAUCAAAGGAACAGGCCCGGAAGAUGGCCCAAGACUACUGCUGGAGGUCCCUCCAGGGAGUCUGUGCCUAUAUGAUUGGAAUGUUCCGCCGCAAUUAAGAACUAAUGAUUCUUGUUCCACUCGAAGAGGACUAGUGGGGGCUGUGUGUAUAUGGUGGACACCGCUGGGGUGCUUACUUCCCUCUGGCGGAGGCGACCAAACCUGACGGGCACGGAGUACCAAUAUCCACCAUCCACUUCACUCCAACACCACUGGAGACAUGUCUAGAAGAAAAAAACACAAACUGCCUUACCUCAUUAUUUUUUUUCUAGAGGCUUUCCACACAUUCUGCCCAGAUCGUGAAGUGGUACUACAGUAUUAUUUCAUUUUGCAAAAAAAGCAAAAUCGUUUCAGUAUUUCAGGGUGACUGUGGCAAAUGAGAGUGUUGACUCUACAAACCUGAUCAGCCCUUGCAACGGGGUAGAAGUUGGCAAAUACUUAUUUUAUGUAUCCACUUACUUUACCAUUGUAAAUAAAAGUGAUGACACGCAUGGGCUGGGUUUUGUAUCACUCUUUGUUGCAUUGCAAAGGGUACGAUGUGGGAGUUCAAAAGUUUGUCCCGUGAAUGUGCAGAAGUGCGUUCAUCACGGAUAAAAACGUGGUAGUCUUUGAUCAACGUUUUGCAAGUGUUACCACUGAUAAAUCAAUCGUAUCGAUGUAUACUUGUUGCUUGUUGUUUACGCAAUAAAUAAAUACAUGUGUUCUUA